AUGAUAAGAGGACUUGUGUCCGGGUUAGGUGCACGUACAGUGCGUAUAGGUGGCUCGAAUACGCUUUGCUCCAUCAGAACUGCUUUGUUCUCACAAUCAUCAUCAAGAUCGUUAACUACAUCAUCUUCUACACCCACUAGUCCAAUCUACCAAGUUGAAAAUAGAAACACUUUCAAACCAGUGUUAUCACGAAAGACGUUUCUCUUGGACUAUUACUCGCAUUUGAACAGAACAAACAAAAUCAUUUUGUAUGUUCAUCACGGUCAUUUGAAUAAAGUGGACAACCACAAGUUUAGAACCGAUUUAACCAAUGCUGGAGCCAAAUUACAUAUUUUAAGAAAUAGUAUCUAUAAUGUGUUUUUAAGAAACAGCCAAGAAGAAGAUCCUGCUUCUGCAGAAGCAUACCAUAAUAAUAAGGAUAAACAGCAUCCCUUAGCUCCGCUUUUAAAUGGUCCCACAGGGAUAAUUACUAUUCCAACUGUUGAUCCAUCAGUGGUUAAGAGUGUGGUGAAGAUUCUUGAAGGUGCACAAGAACGGAUGUUUUUAAUUGGUGCUCUGGUUGAUUCGUCUGUCUUUACCACUGAACAAAUUGCCGAAUUCAAGGAAUUGCCUACUCAAGAACAAUUACAAGCCCAAUUGGUUGGAGUCUUGACCGUAUUAGGAGGUGCUGGUUUGGUGAGAACUUUGGAGUCUACUCCUACUACAUUAUACUUGACUAUGAAGCAAAGGGAAGAUGAUAUGUCUCCCGAAGAAGAGGAUGCUGAGAAGAUCUGA